UAAUGCUGUUUAUCAAGCGCACAAAAAAUACAAGAAAAAUAUCCUUUCCUGUCAUAGCUCUGCAAAAACUAUAGACUGUAUGACAAAAAAAUGUUGUCACAGGAGUUUAAAGCUUGCACUUCACUGAUUUAAAGCCAACUCAACAUGAAAACUAUUGAAGACACCACCUGGACUCCUCUCCUGCAGGGCUGCAGCACCACGUGUUUAUAUGAAGCUGUUAGUCUGCACAAAGGUGAGUCACACGACUGGAGCAGAAGCUGCAGAUUUCACUGAGUCAAAGUCUAAACUUGUGAGGAAGUGAUCCUCAUUCUCAGGAGAGAUGUCCCCUCAGGUCAGACUGAGGCUGCUUCCAAGCGCCAGAUGUCUGUUUGAUGAGCCCGUUCAGGUGAAGGUAGCCGGGCUCAGGUCCAGACAGGUGGUCACCAUGAGAGCCAGAUCAACUGACGAGAGAGGGAUGAUCUUCAGCUCCUCUGCGACCUACAGAGCUGAUGGAAACGGAGACAUCGACUUGAACAAAGACCCCUCCCUCAGUGGAACGUAUGUCGGGGUUGAACCCAUGGGUCUGCUGUGGUCCAUGAAGGCGGACUCUUUGCACAAAAGGUUUCAGAAGAACUUUUCAUUAAACCCACACGUGGUGAAGUUCUCUGUGCAUGAGGAGGAAGGGGGCAGAACGCUAGCAGAGGAGACGAGUGAGAGAGUUCUGAUUGGAGACGGGGUCAGCAGGGUACCUGUCAAAGAGGGGAAUAUACGAGGAGUCCUGUUUACUCCCCAAGGUCCUGGUCCUUUCCCUGGUGUGCUGGAUCUGUACACGUUUGGUGGAGGUUUGUCAGAAAAAAGAGCGUCUCUGCUAGCCAUCAAAGGAUAUGUGGUUCUGACUGUCGCGCUGUACGGCCAUGAUGACAUGCCGAAAGAAAUACAAGAAAUUAAUCUGGAUUAUUUUGAAGAAGCGAUUGAGUUUUUAAGAAAACAUGAGAAGGUGGGCGGUAAAGGAGUCGGUAUAAUGUCACUAUCUAAAAGUGGAGACCUUGCACUUUCAGCAGCGACCUACCUCUCAGGUGUUGAGGCCACCGUGUGGAUUAACGGACACUCUGCGAACACUAUUUUCCCUCUCUGCUACAAGAAGAGGCAGAUUCAUCCUGCCUUACUGUUUGACACGGGCCGGAUAACUCCCACUGAAUCAGGAGCCAGCAUCGGGAAGCACGCCAUGAAUAAUCCACAUCUGGAGGAGAACAAGGCGACACUGAUUCCUGUUGAGAAAGCAAAAGGACGUUUCCUGUUUCUAACGUCGGAGGACGACCAGAACUGGGACAGUAUGACAAGCAUGGACAUGUUGGUGGAGAGACUGAAGCAUCAUGGGAAGGAUAACUUUGAGAGUUUGAGUUAUCCAAGGGCGGGACAUUACCUGGAGCCGCCGUAUGGACCUUACUGCCCCUCCAGCUUUCACGGGCUCUGGGGUCAACGAAUCAAGUGGGGGGGUGAACCCAGGUCUCACGCUGCUGCAGAGGUCCACAUGUGGGAGAAGAUCCAGGAGUUCUUCAGAGCCAAUCUAAGCUGCAAUGACGAGAUAAAUAACAACGUAUCGGCCUCUAGUUAAUGACAAACACAGAAAUCAUGUCUAAUAUUUGAUUGAACAUUGAAUACUGUGGAGUCGACACAAGAGUUAGAGAUCUUACUAACCUACUAAAAAUGAAAAUAAAGAAUGAAUAUCUGAUCUUUAUUUAAAGCCUUAAUAAUUAAAUAACAUUUUUAAAUUUAAAAAGUUUUAUAGCGAUCAUUUGACUUGAAUUUUGUUGUGAGAUCUUAUUAAAUCCCUUGGAUUGUU